AAGGGGCACAGAGAGGGAGAGAAGAGAGAAAACGAGAGAGAGAGAGAGAGAGAAAGUGCCGUAAUAUAUUUUGAGAAGGUUACAGUGGUAGAAGACGGUGGUGGCCGGCGGUGCGAUCGGGAAUGGAGUUGGAAGUGGACGAGACCGAGCUCAAAGCCGCCGGAGCUCAGCUUCUUCCGGAAGGACGCGUUGGACUCUUCAUACAUGGUUGGGAGAUCGAGUCUCGCAAGCGUCCCAUUCUCAACUCUCUCCACCUCCAACAGUGGGAGCAUAAGCUUCAAACAUCUCACUUUCCAGAGAUGGUUUUUGGGGACAGUUCUUUGGUUCUUAAACAUGUCAGUAGUGGCAUUAAGAUUCAUUUUAAUACAUUUGAUGCUCUAACUGCCUGGAAGCAGGAAGCAUUGCCACCAGUUGAAGUUCCUGCAGCUGCAAAAUGGAAAUUCAGAAGCCAACCCUUCCAGCAAUUGGAUUAUGACUAUACCUUUACAACACCAUAUUGUGGAAGUCAAACGAUUGAGAUAAAUGAAGAGCUUGCGAGACGAGCAACCUCUGAAGAUAACAACUGUGGUCUUUAUUGGGAGGACUGCAAAGAGCAAAUUGAUUUGGUUGCACUGGCAUCGAAAGAGCCCAUUCUCUUCUAUGAUGAGGUAAUCUUGUAUGAAGAUGAAUUGGCGGAUAGUGGUGUUUCACUUUUAACUGUAAAAGUGAGGGUAAUGCCAAACUCUUGGUUUCUUCUCUUGCGUUUUUGGCUUAGAGUUGAUGGGGUGCUUAUGAGAUUGAGGGCCACACGUAUGCGUUGUGUUUUUGCAAAUAGUGCAACCCCCAUUAUUCUUCGAGAAAGCUGUUGGAGGGAAGCCACAUUUAAAGCUUUGUCUGCAAAAGGAUACCCAUCUGAUUCUGCAGCAUAUAAUGAUCCAAGCAUCAUCAGCCAGAGGCUUCCCAUCAUCAUGCAUAAGUCCCAAAAGCUUAAAAUCCCUGGAAGAACAUUAAAUUCUUCAUUGCCGCUUCUAGUCUUAUUUGGAAGAACCACCUUCUAAGAUCUUGACUCUUUGAAGUUGUGCUCUUAACUCCUCCUAAGUUAAUUGAUGUUGUUGAUGGAAGCAUAAAUCAAAAACUAUUGAAGAUGGAUGAACAUAUUAGAGCCGGAGAUUCAAGUCAAGCUUGAGGUUGUCCAAUGGCUGCUCUGGUAGUAGCUGUGGAUCCAAAUGAAAGCUUCCAGGCCACAUCAAGUUCAUUUCCUCCUCCAUUGUGUGCGGCUCCCAUGGACUCACAAACCUGGUAUGAGUCUCAUUAAACCUUCCCACGAUUGUUGUUCCUGUGCCUCUACUUGGUUUGUGCACCAGUGAGUGAGGCCGGACACCAAGUGAUCGGGCCAUAUGAGCAUUGGCUGGGAAACCCAUCAUUGUCAUCAUGGUCU